AAGGAGAGAUAAGCAAGAAGCAUAGGCUGAGAUUUUCCACAGCCUCUGCACCAAACACUACCAAUCAUUUCAUUCUUUCUUUUUUUCUCUAUAAUCUCUUCUUCUCUUUUCUAUCUUUCAUUCUUCACCCUACUCACUCACUCACUAACCAUGGCUUCCUCUCUGCAUCUCUCUCAAGCAUUUCUCGCACGUGCAGUUUACCUCAACUCUGAUCGCACUGCAUCAUCACUCUCUUCAACUUCAACUCUCUCCUUCCCAACUCUCAAACCUUCUUCUUUAUCCCGUCGUAGAACUGCCACCACAACUAUACGUGCAACUGCUGUAGAAACACUUGAUAAAACAGCUGAAGUUUCUCUUGUUGAGAAAUCUGUUAACACUAUUCGUUUCCUUGCUAUUGAUGCUGUUGAGAAAGCUAAUUCGGGUCACCCUGGUUUACCAAUGGGUUGUGCUCCAAUGGGUCACAUUCUUUAUGAUGAAAUUAUGAGAUAUAAUCCAAAAAAUCCUUCUUGGUUUAAUCGUGAUCGUUUUGUUUUGUCUGCUGGUCAUGGUUGUAUGCUUCAGUAUGCUCUUCUUCAUCUUGCUGGUUAUGACAGUGUCAAGGAAGAAGACUUGAAGCAAUUUCGACAAUGGGGAAGCAAAACUCCUGGACAUCCUGAGAAUUUCGAGACAUAUGGAAUUGAAGUCACCACAGGUCUCAUUAUAAUAAUAUGUCUCAUUAGUUUGUGUUACUGUGAGCCUUUUUUUGUGUCUUCUGUAAUGAAUUUUAAUUAUCCUUGUAUUUUUUGUUGUUUAGGUCCUCUCGGUCAGGGAAUUGCCAAUGGUGUUGGAUUGGCACUUGCCGAGAAGCACUUGGCUGCACGAUUUAACAAGCCUGACAGUGAGAUUGUUGACCAUUACACGUACGUUAUAUUGGGUGAUGGUUGUCAGAUGGAAGGAAUUUCAAAUGAAGCAUGCUCACUUGCUGGACAUUGGGGUCUUGGGAAGCUUAUUGCCUUUUAUGAUGAUAACCACAUUUCCAUUGACGGUGACACUGAAAUUGCAUUCACUGAAAAUGUUGACCAACGUUUCGAGGCACUUGGAUGGCAUGUGAUUUGGGUAAAGAAUGGAAAUACUGGGUAUGAUGAAAUCCGUGCAGCCAUUAAGGAAGCAAAGGCUGUCACAGACAAACCUACACUGAUUAAGGUAACCACAACCAUUGGAUUUGGUUCUCCAAACAAGGCUAAUUCCUACAGUGUUCAUGGAGCUGCAUUGGGUGCUAAAGAAGUGGACGCUACAAGGCAGAAUCUUGGAUGGCCAUAUGAGCCUUUCCAUGUGCCAGAAGAUGUUAAAAAGCAUUGGAGUCGCCACACCCCUGAGGGCGCUGCACUUGAAGCUGAGUGGAAUGCUAAGUUUGCUGAGUAUGAGAAGAAAUACAAAGAGGAAGCUGCAGAGUUAAAGGCUAUUAUUAAUCGUGAAUUACCCGCUGAUUGGGAGAAAGCACUGCCGACAUACACUCCAGAAACCCCUGCCGACGCUACAAGAAAUCUGUCUCAGGCAAAUCUAAAUGCCCUCGCCAAGGUUCUUCCUGGUCUGAUUGGUGGCAGUGCAGAUCUUGCCUCUUCCAACAUGACCCUGUUGAAACAGUUUGGAGAUUUCCAAAAGGCCACACCAGAAGAGCGCAAUGUUCGAUUUGGUGUUAGGGAACACGCAAUGGGAGCAAUCUGCAAUGGCAUUGCUCUUCAUAGCCCUGGAUUCAUUCCAUAUUGUGCAACUUUCUUUGUCUUCACUGACUACAUGAGAGCUGCUAUAAGGAUUUCUGCCCUGUGUGAAGCCGGAGUUAUUUACGUAAUGACCCACGAUUCAAUUGGACUUGGAGAGGAUGGGCCAACUCAUCAGCCAAUAGAGCACCUGGCCAGUUUUCGGGCAAUGCCAAAUGUUUUGAUGCUUCGUCCAGCUGAUGGUAAUGAAACUGCUGGAUCAUACAGAGUUGCUGUGCUUAACCCGAAGAGACCCUCAAUUCUUGCCCUUUCUCGGCAAAAGUUGCCCAACCUUCCGGGAACUUCUAUUGAAGGAGUUGAAAAGGGUGGCUACACCAUUUCAGACAACUCAUCAGGUAACAAGCCUGAUGUUAUCUUGAUUGGAACUGGUUCUGAGUUGGAAAUUGCUGCGGCUGCUGCCGAUGAUCUAAGGAAAGAAGGAAAAACUGUUAGAGUUGUUUCUUUUGUUAGCUGGGAACUUUUUGAUGACCAGUCAGAUGAAUACAAGGAGAGUGUUCUCCCUGCUGCUGUUACAGCUAGAGUCAGCAUUGAGGCAGGAUCAACUUUUGGUUGGCACAAGAUUGUCGGAAGCAAGGGAAAAACCAUAGGCAUUGAUCGAUUCGGAGCAAGUGCUCCGGCAGGAAAAAUAUACAAGGAGUAUGGGAUAACCAAGGAAGCUGUUAUUUCUGCCGCCAAAGAAGUUUCAUAGAUCUAUUGAGGUUCUGUUUCUUGAGAUAUUACGAUUUGUAUUACUAGUACGAGAGUUGUUUCUUGAGAUAUCAUUUUAGCCACAAUAAGAAUGAAUAGAUUGCUCUUGCAUAUGAUUCUCAAAGGAGCAACAUAGAUCAAAUGAUGAGAUGAAUUAAGGAAGUUGUAUUAAUUUGUAAAAACUAUUUUGGCUUGUGAAUUACACACUGUGAUGUAGUUGAAUUAAGUGAUUCUCGCUCUA